AUGUUAUUGGGUGCCGCACAACUCGUGUUGCUGGCCACACGGCUGGAUGCGGAGUGCCCUUCCGCGAGACACAUGAGCCUUCUGGAAGGUGUCUCGCGCAGCUAUGAUCAAGUGGCUUCAAUUGUUCACACCUCAGACGCUAUAAGCUCGGCGUCCAUUGCCACCCGCUCAACGACGUACCGUCCAGCGUUCCCGAAGUAUCCAAGGGUUCCCCAAGAGUUGACAAACAUGAUCAUCAACAACCUCCGCGGAGACACAUCAACACUUCGAGUUACCUCCCUGGUUCACCGCUCUUGGGUACAGGAAAGCCAGAAGAACCUCUUCUACUCUGUGGACAUCACCAGGUCCGGCCGGAUGUAUGCGUUCUUCAGGCUCCUUCGCCGCCAUCAACACAUUGGACUAUAUGUACGAGAGUUGCGAAUCGUUCUGCCUAAGCCCUCCAGGAGCGGGAAAUUUGCUACCAGGGAUAGAGGAGUAGCGCGGCGAAUUCCUCUGCAUUGCAAACUUGUCCAAAAGCUUGAGCUGGGUGGGUCAUGGAUACCCUUCACUGAAAAAGAGUUCGCGGCGAUGGGCCUGGUGAAGCAGCUCAAGGUCGAUAUAUGUUUCAGCAACAUUGAUGUCCUUCAAUCUACGCUUAAAACCCGUAACGGACUCACAGGCUUGAGCAUUAGGUCAUCCAUAACUACUGCAUCCAACAACAUGACCUUUGACCUUCCUUUCAACAAUCUGAAGCACCUUCAUAUCGAGGCCGUACUUCCACCCUUUCGCAUGGAUCUUGUACGGCCCAAUAAUGUUCUCUCGUCAUUCCUCCAGCAUGCAUUGCCAGCACUGGAGUCGUUGAGAGUUGACAUCUUCUCUGACGAUGACGUAAAGUCUCUAAGCGAGUUUCUGCGCAGGAGGGGAGGCAACUUGACAUCCUUGGAUUUGCGCUUUUCUCUUUGGUAUGAAGGAGACGUCUCAGCUCUUGCCAGUGCCCUCGAGAGUUGCUGCACUGUUAAUCAGAUCCGUGUUAGAUCAAAUAGAUCGGGUUGGUUAAGAGGAGCGGUAGAUUGUCUUGGGCGAACUCCCGUUCAAGAUUUAACCAUUGAUGUGUUGAGCUCAAGAUUGACACCCAUCGCCACUUGCCUAGUUCUUCAUGGCCAGCCUUCGGAGCGUACCUUUUCUCGAGCAUCCAAAAUCACAGUGAAUCUCUAUCCUGAUUCGCAGCAGAGUGAGACAUGGGCCAAAUCGGAGGCGCGUCGUUUCCAAAUGAAGUGGGCGACAUUGAAGUCGUCAAAGGCCCUCUAUGUCAACGUGAUUACUGAGAGCAGUGACGAUAGCGCUUUGUCUCUCGCUGGCCACCGGGCAACACAAGCAGGCCUGGGCACCCGAUUUGGUAACGUCUCGUUCGUGAGACGCGACGCGAUGCACAUGAACCUUGUGGCACUCUACUACUACGCCACGUCGUGA